UCUCCAACAAGCUAGCGCCGAAAUUUUCCAGCAAGAGUCAGACACUGGCAACGCGAUGAUGGACGCGAUGUCAAUUAAGUGCCCAGUAGUUUUGAAGUUGCAGUAUGAAAACAAGUUGAUUUGAUGGUAUAGAAAGACGUCGUAUUUCUCUUGGCCCGCGAAAUAAUGUUUGCUACAAGCGAACUGAAAGCAUUGAUCUGACUGUUUUAUGAACAUAUUCAUACUGCACUUCUCGGAAUUAUUCGAAACACCCAAUUCAUUCCAUGACUCUCACGUGCUAGGUAGAGUAGCUGGAGGAAUAUGGCUCCGGGGCAGCAGGGUCAUCAAAACCCUGGCGAUAAGCCAAAGAAACGCCCAGCUGAUGCUUCAUUGGCAUCUGCCUCAAGCAAGAAGCCCAAGACCGGGGAAAGCAACAAUCAAGGUGGAAGCAAACCCGCUGCACCAGCACCAAAGCCUGACCCGAGAAAAGCCCGAGCCCAAGCAGCUCGUAACGGGCGGAAUCAGCCAUCUCGGGUGAAGGAUACUCCAGUCGGAGAGAAACAGUCCAACGGCACUGGUGGGAAAAGCUUCAUGGAUCGGAGAGCAGUAAGGGCUAUUGCAGCCCAGCCAUCUGAUGCUGCUCUCAAAGAUGGAGAGCUCGACGUUCAGGCGUUCCUCAACGCCCGUGGCUUUGAAAUCAAGGCUCUGGAUGAGAGUAUGAGAAGAACCAUGACUUCGAAGACGAGCCGAGCUUUCCAGAAGGUACCUUUCGUCUUGAGAAGGAGGGCUGCAGCACAUAAUCACAAACGCGUUCCGAAGCGCCUACACAGGAGAGCCAAACGUGAGAUGGAUCAAGAUAAUACGCCCACCGUCAACUCCAAGACGAGAAAGCCCAAGACCGUACGGAGUCGUCUUCGUGCAGAGACCGCACUUCGUUUGGGGAAACUGGCCGAAAGAAAGAGAAGGCAGAAGCUGCUCCAGAAGGGUAAGGAUGGAAAGCUCGACGAAGUGACGGUACAGACGCGCCUAGCUCGCCCAAAGAUCAAGAGAAACAGCCUAAACAAACCAGUGAUCACGGCGAGGAAGUUCAGAAGGCGACAACUUAAUAAGACUUGGCUGCCAACACAUCUUUGGCAUACAAAAAGGGCAAAAAUGACUCCACCAAAGGAGCCGUUGUGGAGGUUCGCCAUACCUUUGACACCAAACCAGAAAUGCUACAGACCCACGCAUCGUGCAAUGCGAGAAAAGGGGGCAAUGGCUUGGGAUACGAGCUAUAUGAGCACCAUCAGCCUGUGUGGCAUUGAAAGGAGCGUAGCUCAAGUGCUUAAAGCACUUGGCAUGACCGCAGAGAGUCUGUGGAACAGCAGUGGUGAGAGAUGGCGAUCAGGCGCCAUGCACUGGAGUGGGACUUUGGCAAGGACACAAAAUAACAUCACAAAGAUGCUCGGACCAGCAACAAUUCUAUGGGAUCCUGAACUUGAAGACCAGGUUGCAGAAGCGAAUAUCAAAAAGAGAGCAACGAGGCGGCUCCUUAUACGACUGCACCCUUCGACAUUUCUCGAAACGUUCAACGAAGUUCUACGUUUGUCCAAGGGGUUGACUCCUCGCCCUCAUGUGGAAGACCUACGUUACGAGCUUGGCAGUAUCGAAGUGACGGGCCCCGAUGCAACCGAAGCGCUCUUGGGCAGCAUUAAGCCGUAUCAUGAAGACUUGGACAAGAAAAACCCCCAUGCCUCGAAGUGGCAGUCUUUAGCAGGUGUUAACCCUUCAAGUCUUCCCAUUGGAUCUUUACUGGCAUUUACCGCAAGAGACCCUCGUCUUCAAUUCCCCCCAAGGCGUAUACAAGUGCCAGGCGCAACUGAUGGGGCAAAACAAACAAGCGCAUCAUGGCAGCAACACUUAGCUCCCAGUCCGAUGGCACUAUUCGAUCGCGAUGCCCGCUUCAAGGCAUCUCGACUACCCUCACAGAAAUCAAUCAACCGUCGUAAAAGCAAGGAAUCUUCGGGCACGGUCCUUGAGCCAACACAGCUUGACCCAGAGAUCCCCAUCAUCCUACUAGCUACCCGUCAAGGUGACACUCCUGGAAAGUGGACGGUGCUGAUCCCUUGGAAGUGUGUGCUUCCUAUAUGGUACGCACUGAUGCACUGCCCUCUAUCUUCCGGCGGCAACCCACUUUUUGGUGGACUAGAGGAAGUUCAGCAAGGUGCCUUCGAACAAGGCCUCCCGUGGUUCCCUGGUGAUUUCCCAGCCACCAGCGCGGGCACAGCCUGGGAGCUAGAACAGCGAGAAAAGAGGAAGAAGGCAUGGGAUAAAAUGCCCAAAGGCAAAAGAGUUAACUACGAGACACUUGAUCUAGGUGCCGGUCGCAAAGGCGAAAUUGGACAAGGUUGGAACAACGAUUUCGAGACGUUGCUGAACCUCAAUUUGCCCGCCAACGAUGUAGAGAAACCAGAUGUGGUUAUGACCGGUCAAGAUAACAUGGCUAACGAAGAACCCAACAACCAGGAGAAGGAUGUCACGCAUAAAGGCCAACUAUUAGAUGGAAUGACCCACCUGUCAAAGCUCUCUUUCAACGCGCAUAUUGCUAGCAAGGUCGCCUCUCUCCCACCAGCUGCACUUGUCACCGUCAAGGUGGUAUUUCUGGGUCGCGGUGUUCCUAGUCCUUGUGCUCGGAUUUACCGUCUCCCCACAAACAAGACCGUUGAUGCUGCUACACAGGCCGAGGUCCCAGCUACAAACCCGCCACUUGUUAAGAGCAGUGGCGUACCAGCGGACCUUGGGAAGCAAUGGCUUGCGGCACUUCCGGAGAAAGCUAAACAAGCACAUGCAACAAAGCCUGUAAAGCAUAACACCUCAGCGAACAUCAGUCUAGGGACGAGAACACGCUUGUUAGCCCAAGAGCUCACCGCACCAGCCCAGUUGGAGACUGAAACCAUUAAUGGGCAUUCUUUAUGUCCGGAUGCCGAAGAUCUGAUCGGUUUCGUCACGGCAGGCUGUUUCAACCUGAAGGAAGGCAAUGCUGAAGCUAUCGCCAGUCUUUCAGCUGAGAAAGCAUUGGCUGAGCGCAAAAGACACAUGAACAAGGAUGAUCGUGCCGCAAGAUUGUGUAUUGUUCGAAACUCAGGUCAGAGUGUGGGAUGGCUAGCUAAAUGGGAGUUGGUGUGACAUCCACAACGAUAGCGAAAACGGCGGAUUAUAUUCUUAUAUAGUCCCUUUAAACGUGCAUGAUGUACCACUAGUCAAUAUAAGCAAAACUGCAGAAUACUAUAGUGCUUAGCCUCAGUCUCUUUACCCCUCCAGCUGCUU